GAGUUCGAGCCUGAUAUUUCGCAUUGACUCUGAUCGUGAUGCUGCUGCCCUAUCGAGUUAGGUGAGAAUACCGAUAUCGUCGUCUUCAGAAUCCGUCUGCAAGGUCUAGUCAACCAGAACCCUUGUUUCUCCCUCUCUGCCAUUUCCUCAAUGGGAAGGAAGCAGAGCGACCAGUCAGGCAGUGGGAGUCGGCGCUCGGUUUUGAUCCCCGUCCUUCUCUCCGUUACCUCCUGCAUCCUCGUUUACACGGUUUCGUCGUGGGUCAUGCGCCAUCCGAUGGACACCGCGUCGUCUGACGGCGGUUCAUCAACGAUUUUAGCGAGACUGGAACGAGUUGAUGCAGAGGUUGAGGGUGAAGAUAUGGGGGAGUGCUGCCGAGGAUUAGAGCAUUUGGAAUUAUGGGGGUCGGCUGUAAAAUGGGGAACCGAUCACAAGUUCAAUACCUCGAGAGAGUGCUGCCAAGCAUGCAAAGCCAUGUGCGGUGGCGUGGAUGGACCUUGCUUGUGCGAUUCGUGGGUGUUCUGCGGGGACAGAGAACGAUGCCGAGAGAAAUUCGGGGAGUGCUGGUUGAAGAAACAGAAGGAUGUCAUGCUUCCUGCUUUGCAAGAGUCAGGGGACAAAGUUAUUUGGACUUCUGGCCUUAUAUUUGGAAAGGGAGAGGGCAUUGUUAGCUUGGAAACAGAAUACGGAAACAUUCAUAUUAAACUUUUCCCCGAUUGUGCUCCACACUCCGUCGCUUACAUUGUUGAAUUACUGGGAGCUCGACACUGUGCCGGUUGCCGAAUUUACCGUGCCGAGGGACGGGGACACUCAUGGGAUCCUGUAGGAAACCACAUAACAGAGGCUUCCUUUGGCCCCCCUUACGCCCUUAUUCAAGGAACACUGGAAGCCGAAGGUCUUCCUUUCAAAGGUAUACCUGUAGAAGCUUGCCCCACAAUCAAAAGAGGCUCUGUUGCUUGGGUUGGUGCAGGCCCAGAGUUUUUCAUCAGCUUGGCUAAUCACCAUGAAUGGGUAAGAGCAUAUACCAUCUUUGGCUCUGUCCUUCCCGAAGAUAUGGAGAUUGCUGAGAAAAUUGCUGGACUUCCAACCAAAUCGGAUACAUGGAAUAGUGUUAAUGUAUCAGUGUUAGAGAAACCAAUUGAUUUGAAAAUCAAACGCAUUUCCACAAACAAUGGAGACCUCAAUCUUGGAAGCAAUGCAAACUCUGGCUCUAGCUGAUUUUGUUUCUUUCACAUUAUAAAAGGAAAUGAGAGACAAACUGUAUGAUGUUGUUGUAGGCGUUGAGGCUUUUUGCUGACUAAACAUUUUUUUUAUGCUUUUCCAUUUUUCUCUUCUGAAGUUGGAAGGUUCAAUGGUUUACUUGCAAGUAUUCCAAAGGAAAAAGAAAGGGAAGUUGCAGCUUCUUGUGAGUGUUCAAUGGAACUAGUUGCGUGUGUUCAUCA